AUGUUUUACAUAUUUGCACAAUGUGGAUUGCUUCCGUGUAACGUGGUGGCCCUCGUGUUCUUUGCCAUUACUUCGGUGAUCAUGGUCGGCUAUGGCACCUCUUGGAGGUGCAAACUCUGCCUCUUUGUGGGCUGUUUCCUAGUCACGAGUUUCGCAUGGCAUUGGAUCUACCUGAUACAACUGAAGCAGGUCGAGAUUGACACCUUCAAUAUCAAGUAUCCGGAAGGCAUUCCCGAAAAAUGCCUCGUAGUCGGAAACGAGCCGUGGUAUGUCCUGAAGCGAUAUAUGCACGACGACGAUCUGUGCGAACGCUUCUACCAGAACCUCCACAUUGGCGCCAUGUGGCACGUCAACCCCCUCCUAGUGCUGAGCGAUCUGAUCGGGAAGACGGUGAUGCAGCCCAUGACCUUUCUCGGAAGCUACACCGGACGCUUCGUGCAAGAAUUUUCCCAGCGACAGACCGUGUGGAGUUUGUUCAGCACGCUGUCAUCGCUCUGCGUCGUGGCGGUAGUUUACGCCUUUUUCUUUUUGGCGAUCCGCACGUGUUACCGUCACCGUUCCGACGUGUGGGUUAUGUUGCAAUAA